AAUGCACCAGAACGGCUCGACUCCGUCCUUUCUGCAGGAAAUAGAAAGUAGGCCACUCAGGAAAUGCAGGAAGCGAGACGGCGAAAUGAAGUCCGUAAUAUUGCCAUGGACAUUGCGUCAACUGUACAUUUAGGUCGUGUACCGAUUAAACAUAACCGACUCUUCGUGUCGCUAAAGCUUCACCUGCUAGCUCAGCCCGCUCGCUGCUCACAAAGAGACGCGGAAGUUAGCCUCAUAUACCCAAGCGGAGAUCCAGUGUGUGCCUCCCGUGUUGGGAUUGAUUGAGUGAUUACUGUCAGUCUGUUUGGAAAGAAUGAUAGCGGAGUACGAGGAGGAAAUUUGUCGAUCAAGAGAAGAAAACGAGCGGCAACGUCAAUUACUGGACGCUCUUUUAAAGCAUCAAGAUGAAAAGCACAGAGCAGAGUCCCCUUACAUUAAAGAAGAAGAACACGAACACAGCAUCGGUCAGGAAGAAGAGCAGUUUCGAGAGCUGGAGGACGGUGAUGUCACCAAGCAGCCCUUUAACUGUGUCAUUGUGAAGAGUGAAGAUGACGACGGGGAUGGAGACCACUGUGGAGGAUCACAAGCAGACAACUUCUUAACUCCACUAUCAAACAGUGACAACACGUCACCCUCUCCUGACACGGAUGAUGACGAACACUGUAAAGGUGAUGCGACAAGUCACAGUGACUGCAAGGGUUUGGCAUGCCUUCAAUGUGACAAAACGUUUAGCAACAAUGCAAAUCUGAGAAGACACAUGAUGAUUCACACGGGAGAAAAACCUUUCAUGUGUUCAGUUUGUGGGAAAAGAUUCUCUCAGAAGACUUCGAUGAUAACACACACAAGAACACACACUGGGGAGAAACCUUUCGCCUGCUCGGUCUGCAACAGACGUUUUUCAAUUCACAAGACUUUGGUUCAACACAUGAGAACGCACACUGGGGAGAAACCGUUCAUUUGUGCCGUUUGUGGUCAAAGUUUCUCUCAAAGCGGCGCUUUACAAAGACAUGUAAGAUCACACACUGGUGAGAAACCGUUCAGUUGCAGUGUGUGUGAGAAAAGAUUUAAUGAUAAAUAUAAGGUGAAGAAGCACAAGUGUGCUGGAGAGAAGAGUGGCAGCACACGAAAAGCAGGAAAGUGUGACUUUGGGAAAAGCUCAGAAAACUUGUCAGUCUGUUUGGAAAGAAUGAUAGCGGAGUACGAGGAGGAAAUUUGUCGAUCAAGAGAAGAAAACGAGCGGCAACGUCAAUUACUGGACGCUCUUUUAAAGCAUCAAGAUGAAAAGCACAGAGCAGAGUCCCCUUACAUUAAAGAAGAAGAACACGAACACAGCAUCGGUCAGGAAGAAGAGCAGUUUCGAGAGCUGGAGGACGGUGAUGUCACCAAGCAGCCCUUUAACUGUGUCAUUGUGAAGAGUGAAGAUGACGACGGGGAUGGAGACCACUGUGGAGGAUCACAAGCAGACAACUUCUUAACUCCACUAUCAAACAGUGACAACACGUCACCCUCUCCUGACACGGAUGAUGACGAACACUGUAAAGGUGAUGCGACAAGUCACAGUGACUGCAAGGGUUUGGCAUGCCUUCAAUGUGACAAAACGUUUAGCAACAAUGCAAAUCUGAGAAGACACAUGAUGAUUCACACGGGAGAAAAACCUUUCAUGUGUUCAGUUUGUGGGAAAAGAUUCUCUCAGAAGACUUCGAUGAUAACACACACAAGAACACACACUGGAGAAAAACCUUUUUCCUGCUCGGUGUGCCACAAAUGCUUUAGUGACUAUUCCACUUUGACGAAACACAUGAGAACACACACGGGUGAGAAACCCUUUUCAUGCUCAAUCUGCGGUAAAACAUUUUCUCAGAAGGCAACUAUGAGAACGCACACGAGAACACACACUGGCGAAAAAGCAUUUUUCUGCACCUUUUGCAAUACAAGUUUUAAUGUUCGUUCAACAUUGGUCCAACACAUGAGAACCCACACUGGUGAGAAACCCUUUACCUGCUCAGUGUGCACCAAAAGUUUUGGUCAUCCUGCAGCGCUGGCGAGGCACAUGAGAACACAUACUGGGGAGAAAGUGUUCAAUUGCAGUGUGUGUGAUCAAAGGUUCUCGUACAAGUACCAAGUGAACAAACACAAGUGUGUUGGCAGAGAACAGCAGUAGUGAAGGAAGCUGCAGAACUUUAAAUAAAGUGAAUAUUGACUUUCACUUGUAGCAAACACUGUUUAUGACCAAUUCAAAUGAGAUGCACUGCUGGAUUUGCGGUGUACAGUAUUUGUAACUUAUUAUGGCACCUUUCAGGGAACCUAUGGAUGCUACUCAUUCGUGCUUAAAAUAUCAGUCCAUGAUUAUUGUCAAAUGAACAGUUUGAAUAAAACAUUAUCAAACAUA